AGAGAUGCAAGUGGCUUCUUGGGCAUAUGCUACAUAUCACUGGCCUUUGGUGAGUAGAGAGACUACUGCUCCUUAUUCCUUGUUGAAUACACCAUGAAAUACUUGUUUUAGUUUUAUAAAUCAAGAUCAUCUUCAUUCCAGAAUGUUCCUCUAUUUGUUUCUCUUGACAUUUGGGCUUCAGGCUACAGUCCAUUGUGUGCCACAUAACAUCUCUGAAGGCAAAGUAAAGACCUGUCAUUUGCCCCAACAAAAUUCCACUCUCUAUAAGAUGCCAUCUAUCAAUGCUGACUUUGCAUUCAGUCUAUAUCGAAGGCUCUCGGUGGAGAAUCCAGAUUUGAACAUCUUCUUCUCCCCUGUGAGCAUAUCUGCUGCUUUAGCCAUGCUUUCUUUUGGAUCUGGCUCUAGCACCCAAAUGCAAAUUCUGGAAGUUUUGGGGUUUAACCUCACAGAUACUCCUGUGACAGAACUACAUCAGGGCUUCCAGCAUUUGAUCUGUUCAUUGAAUUUCCCAAAGAAUGAACUGGAAUUGCAGAUGGGAAAUGCAGUUUUCAUUGGGCAGCAGCUGAAACCAUUGCCAAAAUUUUUGGAUGAUGUCAAGACACUCUAUGAAACUGAAGUCUUUUCUACUGACUUCUCCAAUGUUUCUGCGGCCCAGCAUGAGAUCAACAGUUAUGUGGAGAAGCAAACCAAAGGGAAAAUUGUAGGCUUAAUUCAGGACCUCAAACUGAACAUUAUCAUGAUUCUAGUGAACUAUAUUCAUUUCAAAGCCCAGUGGGCAAAUCCUUUCCGCGUAUCUAAAACAGAAGAGAGUUCUCACUUCGCAGUGGACAAGAGCACCACAGUACAAGUGCCCAUGAUGUACCAGCUAGAACAAUACUAUCAUUAUGUGGAUGUGGAGCUGAAUUGUACAGUACUUCAGAUGGACUAUAGUGAGAAUGCCCUGGCACUUUUUGUCCUUCCAAAGGAGGGACACAUGAAAUGGAUGGAAGCAGCCAUGUCAUCUAAAACACUGAAGAAGUGGAACCAUUUACUGCAGAAAGGAUGGGUUGAAUUGUUUGUUCCAAAGUUUUCCAUAUCUGCCACAUAUGACCUUGGAAUCACACUUCAGAAUAUGGGUGUGAGAGAUGCCUUUGCUGAAAGUGCUGACUUUCCUGGAAUCACAGAAGACAAUGGUCUAAAACUUUCCUAUGCUUUUCACAAGGCUGUGCUACACAUUGGUGAAGAGGGAACUAAAGAAGGAGCUUCUCCUGAGGCUGGACCACUGGAUCAGCAAGAAGUACCUCCUCUUCACCCUGUUAUCAGAUUGGAUAGAACAUUCUUACUGAUGAUUUUGGAGAAAAGGACCAAAAGUGUUCUUUUUUUAGGGAAAGUUGUUAACCCAACAAAAGAGUAAUCAAGGAAGAGGCCAUUGUGUAUGUACAUAUUACUAUGAGAAAUAAAUAUAUAACAUAGCUUAAUGUGCUUGCUAUGGACUUGGACUUUAUUUCUUUUGUGAAAGUGAUAAAAGUGUACCUCCUUGGGAGUACAUUGGCUGUGGAAGAGGCUAAUCCUGUGACCAAACAUGCAGAUAGUCAAUGAGUGAUUGCUAUCCAAAGUUAAAAGAAAAGGAUCGAUGCUAGUAAAUCAUUGUAAAGCUGCUCAUCAGUUAGCUAAGUGUAGAAAUUUUGUCUGGGAUUACAAAUGCCUUUUGUUGUAUCUUUUGGACAAUAGUUGUAAUGUAGGUCAAGUCUUCGAAUUACAGUAUUGCAAUAGUAUGAUCAAUGAACAUGUAAAUGAAGUGGCUUGUAUAUAUCACCUUCACAAUAACCUCUGCUCUUUCUACUUAUUCAAAAUAAGUCUGUGAUUUUGGCUACUGCUAGUUUUUUUUUAAAGUAAAGCUUCCCUCACUAUACUAUUAAGCCAUAAAUUGAGUACUUUCGUCUAGGGAUGUAGUUUUUGUGACCUAACAUGUAUUCAACAACAAAAACAGGGUGAAAUAAAUUCCUCACACAAACCCACAUCAUCACUAGCAGAUCUCAUUGUGCUAAUUCAUAAGUUAUUGAUGGAGGGAUAAUUCAUUUGCAUCAUAUACUAUAUUCAUUAUUUUUCACAUUCCUUUAAAAAUAUCUUUCUCUUUGCUCUCAUGGAAAUUUCUUGGAUAUCCCAUUUUUCUUGUCUGUAUUCCUCAAUAAAAUAUGAUAUUUUGUUUCACCAAAAGAUCCACUGCCUAGGUAUGCCAUAAUAUCUUCACCUAUAGAAGUUGAUUUAAUCUUAAAUUUAUGUAUUCAAGUACCUUGUAUUAGAAUUUGGAACACAGAUAACAUAGUGAGAGUUAAUUAUGUAUUGGCCAAAUUCUAUCUAGCAACAAACAUGUAAGUACUAUGUAGGUGUGCUUCCAUAUAAGUAUAAAUAAAACAUGUCUGCAAAAUAAA